AUGAGAAUAUUAAUUGUAAAUGGAUAUGGGAAAUCAGAAACUGGUAAACAAUAAUUUGAACGAUAUUGCGGAUAAAUACGAAAAGUAAACCUUCUGCAAUAUAAAUAGUUAUUUUUGAAUUAAAAAGAAUUGCUGGACACGGAGACUGAAUUUUUUUCUAGAGAUGCAAAUGAUUUAGAUGAAUUCCUUUACGAUCAAGAUUCAGGUUAUUCUAAAUAAGAGGCUGCGAAUUAAUUUAACUUCAUAGAUUUUGUUUUCAUAGAAAUAGAUGCAAACCUUAGACCAUGGUCCAAACAUUUAAAAAAAGUUAUGGUGCUUAUUAGAAUGUGUCUAAGAACUAAUAAGGUUUUAUUGGCCACAGCUGGAGCCAUGCAAGCAUUGGUGUUUUUUGUAGCUACGAACUUAGAAACUCCAGUUGAAGUAGUAAAUGGUCCCUAAGGUGGUCCUCUUGGUGAUAUGAGCAAACUGCAAAAGUCACUAGAUUAAAUAACAAGGAAUGAAUAUUUUUUAGACAGCAUAACAGGGGAUCUCUAUGGAAUCUACUUCGAUAAGAUUGAAUCAGCAAAUUGCUGGAUACCAAUAGCGAAUUGUGGUAUACACUCUCGAAGAGCUGUUGAAGAGUUUAAUACAGUUGGAAAGUAUAUGUUAUAGGCUCCAGUUUAUAAGCCUUAGAAAAUAAAGGAAAUUUAUGGGCUUUAUACAUCCACAUAGGAUGAGGAAAUAUGCAUGAUAAAAAAGAACUUUGUUUAAAAUUACUUAUUUAAGGAUGUAAAGUAAGAAUUUUUAGUUCAUUCUAAACAUGCAUGGGACAUCCAUUCAUUCAACGUAUUAAAUCCAAAGAAGACAUUUGUUAUUUUAGCAGAUUCAUCAAAAGGACCUCAAGUCAUUACAGUAAAUGAAAAUAUUGUGGGUUUACAAUUUGACAUUAAUCCCAAAUAUCCAGAAACACAAUCAAUCCUUAGGAAUUUCAUUAUCCAUUAUUUGAUUUAAAUACGAUCUUGUGUUAAUAAACCAUUAACUAUCUAAUAAGCUAAUAAUGAUUUAAGAAAAAACAAAUUAGAUUUGGAGAAUAUGACUAAAUAAUAAGCAGAGAGCUAAUAGAAGGGUGAGAGAACGGUUUUUAAUUUUGAAGUGUUGACUAAAUUUAAGCAUGUGGGAUUCACAGGUAAAAAGGCAAAGAAAUUGGAGAUCGUUAUGAAUAAUGCUAUAAAUGAUCAAGGACAAUUGCAAGAGGCUAUGAAAACUAUGAGAUAGAAGCAGUCUCCAAGGACUAAGCAAUCAACAGAGGAGACUGAUCUGGAGAAGUCUAAGUUCGCUAAGUUUUCAACCAAAUUGAAUCAUGAACAUAGGGAUACAACUGAGAAGUUCAAUAAAACAGCUGCUGAAAUUAGAUAGAUGUUGCAUCCCAAUAUAGAUGAAUAAUUAUUGCCUGAGAAUGAGCCUUUGUGGGUACCUGGAACUAUGAACACCUCAAUGUUAGCCAGUACUGGACAGAGGAUUAGAUAGAGACCCUAAUCUACAACUUAAAGUCGGACAUUUAAAUUGACUAGAGUUCAAACUGCAAAAUCCAGAGUAUCAAAGGGCACUACUAAGGAGGAUUAUGAUUUGUGCAGAGAACAUCCAAUAGUCAGAUGCUCAUCUCCAUAUAUUACAAAUUUGGAAAAGGAUAGGUUGGAUCAGAAAUAAAAGGAUAAAUAAAUAAUUGGACCAAGAAGCAUCAGGACGAGUGUUGUGAGCACUAUUAAGGGGGGGACUCCCUUUAUUUUGUAUGACAAUCCAUACAGCAAUCCGGCAGAUUUCAAACAUAGGGAUGAAAACAAGACUAGGUGGGUGGGUGGCCAGAAUUUCAGAGUUUGUUGA